GGUCGAGUACAUCUCAAGUGUCGGUCUCUUACUGUAGCUGGUCGGAAGCGACUCUGCAAUGUGCCACCGCACUGCAGUGCUGUUUUUGGUUUAAUUUUUUUACAACCCAACGGCUGAAUGUUGGCCUUUAUGCUUAUGACAUAGACCUUUCGAAUGCACUGACCUUCUGUAUAUACUACAUACGUACACAUGUCCACCAUUUGUAACUUAUUCUAAACAUUUUAUCUUUGUUUUGUUUUACAAUAGUUUAACGACGUUUACGCUGCGUAUCUAAACCGCACUAUAACCGAAUGGCUGCUCAAAGGUGGAAGCACAGUACGCUUACUACACAAAUAUUAUCGACUGCCGCUGGAGGAUAUUAGGCAACCUCUUCCGUCUUGGCAGCAUUUUUUUUGCGUUAGUUUUUCGUUGUUUUUUCGAUUAGCACCUGUUAACCACUUAUGUAUAUGCCCGCACGUUGUUUAACCAAUAAUAUAGCGCACUCGCCGCCGCAAACCAAUCCAAUGCUCGCCAUCAACGAGGAGCAACAGCACACGGAAACGUCGCAUGCAACACAACGCAACCAUGCGGAUGGCAAUGGUGAAGCGCAAACCACUAAUGGCAAUGCCAGCGGCAUCAACCAACAGCAACACAGACAAACUGCUGGCAGCAAUAACAACAGCAGCAGUACACACGAUACAGCGCAGUUGCCACCAUUGCCCGAUGGCCCGCUGUGGACGGUGCUAUACGACUAUGACGCCAAAGGCGAGGAUGAGCUGACGUUGCGACGGGGGCAGAUUGUGGUAGUGCUCUCAAUGGAUAGCAAUAUUUCGGGCGAUGAGGGCUGGUGGACGGGCAAAAUUGGUGAUAAGGUUGGCAUUUUUCCGAGUAACUUUGUGACAGACCAAGAUCCCAUGAUGCCAGACGUGCCCUCUGCCAUUGGCGAUAUACAACCGCAUGAAAUCGACUAUGCCGAACUGGAAGUGAGCGAAGUUAUCGGUGCUGGUGGCUUUUCCAAAGUGCAUCGUGGUUACUACAAUGGCGAAGAGGUUGCGAUAAAAGUGGCACCGCAGGCUGGGCCCGACGUCGAAUCCAACCGCGAUAAUGUGCUACAAGAAGCCAAACUAUUCUGGGUGGUCAAGCAUGAGAACAUCGUGGCGCUGCGAGGUGUCUGCCUAAAGCCUCCCGAUCUCUGUCUUGUUAUGGAGUAUGCACGUGGCGGUAGUUUGAAUCACAUUUUGGCACGUGGCAAAAUACCGCCAGACGUGCUGGUCAACUGGGCGAUACAAAUUGCACGCGGCAUGAACUAUCUGCACAACGAGGCGCCCAUUUCGAUUAUACACCGCGAUUUGAAGAGCUCAAAUGUGCUAAUUUUGGAAGAAAUCAUCGGAGGCAAUUUGCACAACAAAACGUUAAAAAUCACCGACUUCGGUUUGGCGCGCGAACUCUACAACACGACACGCAUAUCAACGGCGGGCACUUAUGCUUGGAUGCCGCCGGAAGUGAUAAAAAGCAGCAUAUACUCCAAAUCCUCGGAUGUUUGGAGCUACGGUGUGCUGUUGUGGGAACUCAUUACCGGUGAAACGCCCUACAAAGGUUUCGAUUCGUAUUCAGUUGUAUUUGGAAUUGCGGUUAAUAUGCUAACGCUACCCAUCCCGAAAACUUGCCCGGAGGCGUGGGGAAAACUCAUGAAAAGCUCCUGGGAGAACGAUCCGCACAAGCGUCCGGGUUUCAGGGAUAUACUAACAAAGCUGGAGGAUAUUGCACGUUCAGGUUUCACGCUAACACCACAGGAGUCGUUCAACACGAUGCAGGAUGGCUGGAAGAAAGAGAUAGCCGAGGUGCUUCACGAGUUGCGCUUAAAAGAAAAGGAAUUGCGCACCAAAGAGGAACGCUUGAACCGUGUUCAAAGCGAACAGGACGAACAGGCCAUGAAUCUGAAACGCUUCGCUGAGCACUUGAAGUUGCGCGAAAUGGCUUUAAUUGGGCGUGAGCUGCAGAUCGCACAGCAUACUCCCACACCGAAUCGAAGACGUGGCAAAUUUAGCAAAGUGAAACUCAAGCUUCUCAAAAAGAACGAAGUGCAAAUCUCAUUACCAACUGACUUUCGGCAUACGGUAACGGCGAUACACGACAAACCCUUGACUGAUACACCACCUGGUUCGCCAGCGAUUUCCCAGCUACGCAUUGUGGCACUUACACCGCCGCAACUGCCACCAGACGGCUAUAAAGGCAAGACAUGGGGCCCCUCUACAGUGCACCAGCGCGAGCGUCCCCACCUGCCUGCACUGCUUGCCACCGAAUGGCCCGGCCCAGCCUCGACCAGUUCCCUCUUUAGCAAGAGUGCACCCAAUCUCGACAAGAAACCUGUGCGACCCAACCAACUGCACUAUGUUCAUCAUAAUCACCAGCAUCAGCAACACCACCAGCAUCCCCAUCACCAUCAUCGCCAUUCGCCGCACCAUCAUCGCCGCAAACAUCCGCACGCUCAUCACUGCGACUAUAAAUUCGGUUCGAUGCCGUGCUCGCCCACUUCGCCGACGACGUAUGGGUCUGAUGCUUGUCUCGGCUACAACGAGUCAGGCUACAAUGCCAAAGACUGGUGCUCGCCAUUGCAUGCGCUGCCCACUGCCGCCACCGUAGGUGCAAGCAGCACCAUCAUGGACGCGCCGCUGCCCAUUAUGUCGCCAAACCCUUACCUGCUCAGCCGCUUUACUUCCAACAUUCCCAUGCCGACGCUGUAUGCAGGCGACGCAGUGCGCAAGCCAAAGCUCUCCGUCAUCGAGGUGCUGCUCUACAAUAUGGCCGCGCUGUUGGCUGGCGUCGCCGCUGGCUACGAUGUGCGCAUCUCGAACGUAUCACCGGUGCAUCCGUCACUGCUGAGCGAUGUGCCCGCUCUGAAGGCGCCUAUGGAAAUGGAGUUUCCGAGCGUUUUGGAUGAGCGCAGUCGCUUUGCGGCCAACACUUACCACGGCACUGGCAAUAAGCACCAACGUGCCACACUGAACGCCGCCACUUUCGCGCGCUUAGAGGAACAGCGCGCCCCCUUGCAUCAGAGUCCGCGCGGCUCGCCCAAAAUGCAUGCCGCGCCUAACUAUUACUUCCAAAAGCACUCGCUGCCCUUGGCCGACGCCGGAAGUAAGCUGGCGCAGCAGCAACAACAACAACAGAAGCAAACACAGCAGCACCAGCAACUGCCGCUUACCGGCUCCACUACCAGCGGCUUGGGAUCGAACUUUACCAACAACACCUCGGCGCUGCUGUCAUCGUCGCUGGGUAGCCACACACAGCCACCGACGCCUUCACCACGUCGCAAGAUCAGCACUUCUUCGUUCACGGAGCAACUCGAGUACUCGAUGCACGAUGACACGCCUCCGACGCGGCACUUUGAUGACGCCUUUCACAUUGGCGGUGGAAUGGCGCCGCCCGCCACGCAAUAUACGCGCGCAGACUACUUGCGCCAUGGACCGAGCUUUUCCAAUGACGGCGGCGCUUACGGCGCAGGUGUACACCGCGCAGGCUACUUCGGCUCCAACUAUUUUCCGUACCGGCCAGAGGUACAGCUGGCCUACCAGCGCGACUGCAAAUCUUAUCCCGACUACUCCUACGACUACAAUCACCGUCUGCCUAACUACUACGACUACAAUUACGAUUCACAACAGCAGCAGCAAGUCACGCCAAAACAUCAACAGCAGCACUACCAAACGCGCACUCCGCCUCCGCGCGUGCCUCAGAUGGGCGUCAGCGCCGCUGGCCAUCGUCGCACACCCUCGACCAUUUCGAAUAGCUCCAACAUCAACCAAGGCUUCUCUUUCGAUCAGGACGAGCUGCAUGCAAACGCCGAUUUGUACGACUACAGCAACCUUAAUCUGCAGCUAAACAUCAAUGUGGGCGCCGGUGGGGCUAUCGUAGGCAGUGCUCCGGACUAUACGCACUAUCGCGAACUGGCGCCACCGCCUCCCGCUCCGGUUGGCGUGGUACCGCCGCCUAGCAAGCACGAGCUCUAUAAGAGUUCGCCCAAAAUGACGCAGCGUUUAAAGCGGGGCUCCAGCGGCAGCAUGGGUUGCGAGACCGGCGGCGGAUUGAAUCGCAUACGCGACUAUGAGAAUGUGCCCGCAUACAUCGGCAGUCCCCUGCAUAGACCCAAGUUCCACAACACGUUAGCGCAGCAGCAACAGCUGCAACGGGAGCGCGAACAGCAGCACCACCCGCUUUUCAGCACCCCGCAACAUAGCCUCUAUACGCACACGCAGUCGACGCCGCUUAGUCCGAUUCAUAUGAAACCAAUGAGCGCGCAAGAGCGCCCAGCUUCUCUUCCUUUCGAGCAGACAACAACAACGGCACUCGGCUUCAACGGAAGCGGUGCUAGCAAACUGCGCUCAUCGCUUAAAAAAUACAAUAGUUACAAGACGCCAAAUGGCACCAGCACGGCCGGGACGACAAUGAGUGCAGCCGAUAUGGGCGCUAAUGCGGGCAAUGGUCUUUCGGUGAUAAGUGGCGGAAACGGCGGCGGUAGCGUAACCAAACGUACGGGCAGCGUCUCUUCACAACAGGGCACGCCCACCAAUCCGACACCACCCGACUCGCUCACCAGCGAUGACAGCUCGUAUCUGAGUGCUAAAGAGGGUUCCAUUUCGUCGCAGCACAGUCGCGUGCGGUUCAGUCCAGAAGCGUUUCUGGACGCCAGCAGCGGCAAUGGCAGUAUCAACACCAGUAACAGCAACAACGGCAGCGUUGGCGGCAGCACUAGCGGCUACAUCAACCAAUCGACAAUAUCGCUGUUUAACCGGCGCAUAUCGAGGCGCCACACCAGCGACAUGUCAGCAACCACGCCACCAUCCUCCUAGCAGGGCAGCGCGACACGCUUUCCAACCACUGCGCUGCAAUUGGCGCGCAGCCCCGGCGCGUUGGUCAGCAGUUCAUUGUCGUUGAAUUCGCCACAGCAGCAGCAGCAGCAGCAACUCUCCGCGCCGGUGCAAAACUCAAUGCAACAGCUCCCUUAUAGGUGGUACUCGGGCGCACGUCGCUCGCGUUCAGCACAUUACGAAUAUAGGCUGUAAGCGGGCGAAAACGUGGCCAUAGCUGCGAAAAUCAUAAAUGGAAAAUUGAAUAAGGUAGAGCGCUGAUGGGAAGUCAAGAAGAGGACUGUAGAGGACAGCAGGACUUAUCUCUUCACAAUUGAGUAUUAUAAAGUGACGCUCUGUCGUUUCCAUGGCAACUAUUGUAAAAUUUUCGGUUUCCACUUUUUACAUAAAAAAUCACAGCGUGCAGCCCCAAGAGGAUGUACCCAAAAACUUAGCGAACUUAACAAGUAUUUCGGUCUA